AUGUCCCGAUACGAUGAGCCUCGAAGCGUAUUGAUGAGGGGAGCUAAUGAUAUUCCGGGAGAAAUGAGUGAUGGUGAGGUGCAGCCUGCGGCGAGGUGGAAACCUCAACUUCGAACCCCUAAAUCCAGAACGGAAUUCAAAAGUCUGCGUUUUGUCAGGGAAUAUGAAGUUGAGAUUGGAAAUGAUCUUUCUUCUACACUUCAUGCAGAACCUCCAAAUACAACCUCCAAACUAGCGCACAAUCACUACACCUUCCAACCCCCAUUCGGACCGAAUACAUCAACUUCGAGUCAGAUUGUUCUCGCAUUCAUGGCUCUACUUGCUACCGCUGGGGUCAUCGUCGUAGUUGUCGAAAUAUCCAAAAGUGUGUUCUGCAGAACGAAUUCACAGCACUCCCGAAAUUAUGGGAUAUCUCAUCGUCGCCGUCCAAGCUCCAGAACCUCCACACCACGGACAACACAUAACGCCUACAUUCCGGUGGCGACGGAAACUACUAGGUUGCUUACGAUUCGCGAUUGUUUUGCUCGCAGAGGAGACACCCGAUUUGGAUUCGAUGGCUUCGAAAACGACACCGACAGCGAAGGUGGACUUGGCGGCAGCUUUGUCCGUGGUGGAUUUGGAGUAAGAAAAUCCAGUGGGGAGUUAGGUCCCACAACACGUAGUUUCAGGGAUGGCUGGAAUUUGAGAAAUGGAUAUGGUGGCAUUGGAACCCCGCCAGCAGCUGAUGUAGAUGUGGGUGGUAUUUGGAAGGAUGUCAUGAAUGAAUACCCCGAUGGAAAGAAAGAUGACACGAAGAAAACGUAUACUUGGAAGAGUUUGUGCAAGAAAACGAAGAAGAAGCAUUAUGCUAGGGUUCAGGGGUAUAAAACCCCAAAGGAUGAUGAAGCUGAGGUUGUGCAGAUUGAGUAUGCGGAUUCUCAGCAUUCCGUCAUUUCAAAAUCGGACAUUGAAAGUGUCGCUCAUACACAAAACAAGGAGUCAGCUAAGGAAAAUAGUGCAAAAGAGAGGGAUACCCCCAAGAUCAUUCAACAUAAGCGGCUGGUGGAAAUUAAGCAAGAUGUGAAGGAAUACGGAGAUGAGGAUUUCAUUGCGGUGAUGAUGAGUAAUGGAAAUGACGGCGUUAUGGCCUGA